AUGCUGAAUCAAACUUCAGUCACUGAAUUUUUCCUCCUUGGAAUGACAGACAUCCAAGAACUGCAGCCUUUUCUCUUUGUGGUUUUCCUCACCAUCUACUUCCUCAACGUGUCAGGCAAUGGAGCCAUCCUGAUGAUUGUCAUCUCUGACCCAAGACUCCAUUCACCCAUGUAUUUCUUCCUGGGAAACCUGUCAUGUCUAGAUAUCGUCUACUCCACAGUGACACUGCCAAAGGUGCUGAAAAACUUCCUUUCUACACAUAAAACAAUUUCCUUCUUGGGAUGCAUAAGCCAACUUCAUUUCUUCCACUUUUUGGGCAGCACAGAGGCCAUGCUAUUGGCUGUGAUGGCAUUUGAUCGUUUUAUGGCUAUAUGCAAACCACUUCAUUACACUGCCAUCAUGAGGCCUCAGUUCUGUACCCAGAUGGCUAUCACAAUCUGGAUCAUUGGUUUUUUCCAUGCCCUGCUACACUCCAUAAUGACCUCUCGCUUGAACUUCUGUGGUUCCAACCAUAUCCAUCACUUCUUCUGUGAUGUUAAACCACUGCUGGAGCUUGCCUGUGGGAACACAGAGCUCAAUCAGUGGCUGCUCAAUACUGUCACAGGAACCAUUGCCAUUAGUUCCUCCUUUUUGACACUUCUCUCCUAUUUCUACAUCAUCGCCUAUCUCUUCUUCAAAACCCACUCUUGCAGUAUGCUUCACAAAGCAUUAUCCACUUGUGCCUCCCACUUCAUAGUAGUUGUGCUUUUCUAUGCACCUGUUCUCUUCAUCUAUAUUUUCCCUGCCUCAGAGAGCUCAAUGGACAAGGAUUGGAUCAUUGCCAUCAUGAACAGUGUGGUCACUCCUGUGCUUAACCCACUGAUCUAUACUUUGAGGAACAAGGAAGUGAAGGGGGCUUUGGGUAGGGUGAUCAGAACAAGGUUCCAGAUUGAAGAAAUCUAA